AUGCAAAGGGAGGUCCGACAUGACUCGCUCAACGUUACAGGGCUUUUGACAUGUUUCCUGCCUUGUUUGGUUUUUUCGGGCUUUCCAGGCAAGAGCUCCGACUAUUUGAAUGCUGACGAUGUCGAUCAAUGUGCCCAAGAUUUGCUGGGGGCGGUUUCAGCCCUGCACGCACAGGGCUUCUAUCAUUUGGCACUCUCGCCGCAGAGUGUUUGGCUGCGACGAGAUGGCCGCUGGUUCCUGAAGUACGCAUUUCAGGUUGUUUUGCGGGUUGUGACGGUUGUUCUGCCGGCACCGUGUACACCCAAGAUUCAGUUCUUGAUGUACUCAACUCGCGAUGCCAUGGAAACCUCCGUCCAUGGUUCUGUGAUGCCGUUUUGUGGUUUGUGCCAGGAAUGGGAGCUUCAAGAGUCAAAAUCUACGGCAGAGGCGGUCCUGGCCAGGGCACUGGGCAAAGGUACCAAGCGAAAGCCGACAAAGAUAGCUGAGAGCCAGGCUGGGGUCGUUCUUUGGAGCGAAGCCAUCGCAGCAAUCCGUAUCAAUCCGAUCGUACUUGGCAACAUCAAAGCGCUGGACAUUUUGCCCAGUCUGCGCCGGAGCGAUUCGGCUGGGCUUUCAUUGGGCAUCAACACUCGUGGCAAAGCUUUUGGCUGGUUGCAUGUCAGGUUCGCCAUCUUUGCUGAACUGGAUCGUUCGGACUUGCACCAACUUGCUCGGGAAUUCCAGGGCCCUUUCUUUGUCCCUCCUGGCUCUUCGCUCUUCAACACAGGUGAGCUCGGAGAUUUUUUGUAUCUUGUUCUGGCAGGAGAGGUGGUUUCCAGGAGGGGAAAGAAGGAGCUUCGGAGGUACCGACGCGGAGGCUUCAUUGGGGAGACAGCCCUGCUGGGUCCAGCACCAACGCGGCGAAUCUUCUCUGCUGCAGCUGCACGGGGCGGGGGCGGCUGUGCGGUUCUCCGAAUGCAUCACAGCUUCUUCCGAAAAGACUUGAAGAUGGGAGGCCCGCUGAACAGCAUUGUGGGACCUGUCAGGAUGAGCGAAAUCGCGGUAGAUUGCGCCAGGGCCAAUGCUGCACGCGUUGGCUCGCAUAAUCUUCGCGUGGAGAAGCCAGAGGACUCGGCUGAACCAGCUGAUGCAGAUGUGUUUGCAGCUGGCUUGCUGUGGUGCCAAAUGGCUGCCAGCUCGAGGGUGUUGACCCUGUACAGGAUCCACAAGACAAAGCGGGCAAGGACUGUGGAAGCCCUUUUGGAUGCCGUGGCUGCCCGCGAGAUAGGUAGCUUCUAUUUCCUGGUGCAGGACUGGAGAUCGGUAGCUCUCAUCCAGCUCGUCAUCCGCCGUGCCUCUGCUUAUGAGGCAUUGGUGUGCCUGGAGGAAAGGGAUAAGAUCGUGGCAGAGGGCAACAGCGAGGCCUAUGACGAGACGCAGUCGUCAAGCAUCACUGGCUUUGUGGGCAGAACCUUCAGCGAUAUGCAAAGCAGUGUUCGGUCAGCCUUUGAGCUCACGCAAGAUGCAGUGGCAGCAUCUGUCGCAGUUCAGAUGUCAAACCGGGCAAGAGCCACUGUCUUGGAUCAAUGGAAGCUGCUGACUAAUGUGGCCACAGAGAGAGCUGGUCAGAUCGCAGGAGAACUGUUUGGCGAGCUGUAUGGGAGCCUUUUUGCAAAGGACCUGUUGUGGAUGUUCCGGAAUCCAACACGAACACAGCGAUUCCCUGUGCUCCUUGUCCGAGAUGCCGAAGAUGGGAACUUGCUGGCACGCUGGCGCAUUGGCGCCUCCAUGGUGUUUGAGAGUGAGCUUUGUGCCCGAACCCUUCCUCGCGUGCUGCCCUCUGUGCGCCCUGCGCUUGCGGCGGGCUUUCAGAUCGGCUCCGCGGUUGGCCGCAAUCGCGCCAUCAAUUUCAAGCGACUUUGGAUCGAUUCCUUCCUUGGUUCCUUCUUCAAGCAGCUCAUGACGCUGACGCGGCUGAGGCUGAAGCGGGUCCGAGGUGUUCGUGUGCGCUGGGACCUUCUUGGCAGUGCUUUGAAGGAGUCUGUGGUCAAGGGUCAGACUGCCAGGAACCUUGUGUUGACAAGGUUCGGCCGACUUCCAACAAAGUAUGACCAGAACGACCCACAGGUUCUCCAGCUCUUACCAUCCAAGUGGGUCCCUGACAUCGGCCUUCCACUUGCGAGCGGUAUUGGGCGUGGAUUCAUGACUCGUUGGUGGCAGGGUUUUCGCAGUGGUCUCAAACGAAAAUAUGUGAGGCCUCGAUUCGAGACCUGGGACCUGGAAGAUGUGCCUCAAGUGAUUCUGAACAUUGCGAGGCAACAAGGGGCAGAGCAGGCUGCGCUUGUGGCAUCUUCCGUGGGGGAUACAAUGGCUCGGGACUUGGGCUACUGGUCCGGGACCUUUGCUGGCAUAGCAUCUGGAUUGGCGAUGUGCAUCCUGGGCCAGUCCAAGUCUUUGAGCGACGAUGGCGACAUGGUGGUGGCUGAUGGCUACUUGGAGAGUGACCGUGAACUCAUUGCCUUGGAGGACUACAUGCGGGACGCCAGAAAUGCUAGGGACAGGGCGGGAUGA